AUGCUGGGUAGGCAGUACCAGGUGGCGAGCACCAGGCUCCACCACAGCCGGUACAGCCUGACGGACACCUCUGAGGUGGGCCCCGAGGACGAGGAGGCGUACCCCCCGCCGCGCCCCAGCCCCCUGCAGAAGCUCACCACAGACUUGUGCAAGGACGAUAAGACCAUCAAGGACCUGGUGGUGGGCCGCAGGGUGGGCUUCUACAAGGUCCGCGGGGAGAUCGGCUCCGGGACGUUCUCCAGGGUCAAGUUGGCUUUCCACGCUCUGACUAAAGACAAAGUGGCCCUGAAGAUCCUGGACAGGACCCGGUUGGACAGCCACGCCCAGCGCCUGCUCUCCAGGGAGAUCAGCACCAUGGAGAGCCUGCGCCACCCCAACGUGGUGUGUCUGUACGAGGUGGUGGAGACGCCCAGCCGCCUGUUCCUGGUGCUGGAGUACGCCGGAGGAGGAGACCUGCACAACAGGAUCUGCACCGAGACCAAACUGUCCGACGUCACCUGCAAGAUCACCUUCGCCCAGAUCCUCUCUGCCAUCAAAUAUAUGCACAACCGCAACAUCAUCCACCGCGACUUGAAGGCGGAGAACGUCCUGCUCACCAGCACCGGCUGCGUGAAGGUGGCAGACUUUGGGUUCAGCACGCAGAUCUCCGAGCGCAGCGACGCGCUGGACACCUUCUGCGGCUCCCCGCCGUACGCCGCCCCGGAGCUGUUCAGGGAGGAGUGCUACCUGGGGCCCCCGGUGGACGUGUGGGCCAUGGGGGUCGUGCUCUUCUUCAUGGUGACCGGCACCAUGCCGUUCCGCGCCGACACCAUUGGAAAACUGCGGCGCUGCGUCAUCGAGUGCGCCUACACCGUGCCGCCCUGGGUGCCCGGCCCCUGCCAGAGGCUCAUCAAGGGCAUCCUGAAGGCGGCCCCCGACGAGCGCGACGCCCUGGACCAGAUGAUGGGCUGCAAUUGGCUCCUCCCUGUGGAGUUCCCCUGGUCCCUGGUGCACCCGGAGCCGUCGAGCUCUCUGCAGAGCCUGCUGGACUCGGAGCGGGGCAGCAUGGAGGAGGAGGUGGAGGAGGAGGUGAGGGCCACGCUGGAGGAGCUGGGCUUCAGCGCGGAGCACCUGCCAGACAGCCAGACCAAACACAGCCGCAGCCCCGUCACGGGGGUGUACCGCAUCCUGCUGCACCGCGCCCAGAAGAGGAGGGGCUGCGACUGUCCCCCGGUGGUGCGAGGGAUGGUGAGCGACCCCAAGAGGGAGGGGCUCAGCACCUACAGGGGCCUCAAACACACAUCCAAACUCUGUGUGCUCUCAUAAAAAGACUGGCAGAACUGUUUUUAUAUAUUUUCUACAAGCAUGGAAUUAGUGGCUUUUUUGUUUUUUUACAU